GGGACGCGGUGUAUCCGCUGCAGACUGGGCCAGGGGUACCGGGGACACCGGCCACCGGCGCCAUGCCCCCCAAAAAGAAAGGGACCGGGAAGCGCAGCGCAAAGGGAAAGAAAGCCAAGGAGCCGGAGAAGGUGAGAGGAGAGCCGCUGAAUGAGCAAAGCAAGGAGUUCUACCAGCUGCAGAUCCGGGACCUGGAGGACCGGCUGGAGAGGUACCAGAAGAAAUGGGAUGAAAUUACCGCAAAAGAGAGCCUGGUCCAGGCUCAGUAUGGCCAACUGGCCAGCGACAAGAAAGAAAUCGUGUCCUUCCUGAAACGGACCCUGAACCAGCGCAUGGACGAGAUCGCUGACCUGAACGAGCAGCUCGUGGGACUUCAGCAGGCCAAGGAUGCAGAGAAAGACACGUACGAGGCGCAGCUCGCGCAUGUGCGCCAUGAGUUCCAGGAGACCAAAGACCGUCUCACCUCCGAGAACAUGCUGCUAGCUGGAAAGCUGGCCUCGCUGGAAGAGUUCAGGGUGCAGAAAGAGGAGCUGACGGCCAAGUUUGCAGCUCUUGAGGAAAAACUUAGGAAGCAAGAAGAAGAUCACAAAGAGAUGAUUUACAAAUUAGAGAAGAAAGGUGUGCUGGACAAAGACAGGUUGAAGAAAGAGAUGGUGCAACGCGUUAAUACAGUGGCUGCCGAAUUCCGCCGGGUGUCUAACAACCAGAUGGCGGAGACGACCAAGCGGGCCAUCCGUGAGAACGUGUCCAUCAGUUCGCAGCUUGCCAAGAUGUCUGACAAGAGCAUGGAGCUGAUACACGAGAACGACUGCCUGAAAGAGCGAGUGGGAGAGUUGAGGAAAGAGCUGGAGGUGCUGGAGGAAAGUGAGCAGGAACUGGUGAAAACCAAUCUUAGCAACCAAAAGGUGAUCCAGAUGUUGAAAGAGAAGUGCCAGCAACAACGGGAACUGCUUGACUCGUCUGAGAAGACAGAGCAGGACCUGACCGACGUGCAGAUGAAACACCAGGACCUUCAGGAAGAAGCUCAGUCAUUGAGGCAGAAAGUAUCCGCUCUGGAAGAAGAAUUGCAGAAAUCUGAGCAGGAAAAGAAGAAUCUGUCCCAACGGCUGGAUGAAGAAAGGAGGAGACAGUUAUCGGUGGAAAGGGUCCUGGGCCAGGCUGCCGUCUCCCUGAAAGAUGUUCUCCUGGAAACACCAAGAGAAGAGGACGAGGAAACGGAAGUGACUUUCCUAGCCAGACGCAACCAGAUGCUCCAGAAUCUUCUCCAACUGCUGGACAGCGCAGCGACUCUGGGUCUGGGACCCAAACUCCACGACUUCCGGAGCAAAGACAUCCAUCUCACCGAACACAACGCGGCACCGAAGGACGGCAGGUUCCCGACGUCUCCAGAAAUAAAGGGACCCGGCGUCCUCCCUCACUAUAGGAUGGGAGACUUGGGGUUGGUGCCCAGGCAGGAUGCCCCCACAGCCCUGCUCGGCAAAAUCGGAAUGCUCUCCAAAACCACCAGGCUUGGACCAUUACGGGGAAAUCCUAAUACACCGAAGAACGUGAUCUCCCUGAGCUUAGAGGAAAAGCAAAUCAAACCAACCCCAGCCGUUCUGCCAGGGAUCCCGCCAUCCAACAAGACCCUCCUCGUGGCCAAGUGAAAAUUCUCAGGGAACUUGCAAGUACGUAGGGAUACUAAUAGAAAUAAACAUGCUUGAAAGAUGGAGAUACAAUUAUUCUGUCAUCUCAACAAUAAAGCAGGAAAAAAACAGAUAUUUCUUUAAAAAAAAAAGGCAAAGUGAUCAAUUUCA